AUGAAAAAAAAGGAUCAAUGGUUAAAGAGAGGCAAAAAGCCCAAAGAUAUCUCCUUUAUUUUCGAUGAUUAUGAAGGUAUGAUGACCCUAAACGUUCAUCAUAAUGGUAAGUUCAUCUCAAACCCUAAAAAACAAUACGUAGAUGAAAAGGUUGAUUAUUUUGAUUUCCUUGACUUGGAAGGCUUUGGCAUGAGUGAUAUGACUGAAAUUAUGAGAGAGGUACCUAAAACUGCUUUAGAUGAUGGGCUUAGGCCAUUUAAUCCAAAUUCAGAAACAAGGCAGUUCAAAAGAAUCUAUGUCUGCUUGGGCCCAUUGAAAGAAGGUUUCAAAGCUUGUAAAAGAGAGUUGUUAGGGUUUGAUGGAGCCUUCAUGAAAGGACCAUAUCCAGGACAAGUUCUUACUGCAGUUGGGGUAGAUCCUAACAAUGGAAUCUAUCCCCUAGCAUAUGUUGUAGUUGAGGCAGAAACAUUUGACAGUUGGAGAUGGUUUCUUGUUUGUUUGGGAGAAGACCUAGAUCUAUAUCCAAACAGCAACUUUACUUUCAUGUCAGAUAGGCAAAAGGGGUUGGUACCUGCAAUUGCUAAAGUUUUCCCAAUGGAUGAACAUAGAUUUUGCUUAAGACACAUCUAUGAGAAUAUGAGUAAGUUGUUUAGGGGAGAACUCAUAAGGCAAAUGCUAUGGAAGUGUGCCACAAGAACCACUGAGCAAGAAUUUGAAGCUGCAAUGGAAGAGCUGAGGGUUGAAAAUGAUGGUGCCUACAACUAUUUGAAGAAAUGUAAUACAGGAAGGGCACAUUGUGAUAUUUUGUUGAAUAAUCUUUGUGGGACUUUCAAUAGUCAAUUGGUUGAGGGUAGGGAGAAACCAAUAAUCAAUUGCCUAGAAUAUAUUAGAGAGUAUUUAAUGAUUAGGAUUGUGACUGUGCAAAAGGUAAUUGAGACACAGAAAGGUCCCUUGACACCAACAGCUGCACUUUUAUUUGAAUCUAUCAUGAAUGAUGCUAACCAUUGUACUGCUAUAUGGAAUGGAUCACACAAAUUCCAGGUUAGAGACUCAUUUAGAGACCAAUGUGUAGUUGAUAUUAAUGAGAGGACAUGUAGUUGUAGAAAAUGGCAGUUGACUGGGAUGCCAUGUAAGCAUGCAAUCUGUGGUUUAUGGAAUGCUAAAGAUAAUUCUGUGCAAGUGGGGAUAGUUGAGGAUUGGGUUGAUCCAUGCUAUAGGUUAGAUACAUGGAAAGAGGUCUAUGCAUUUAAGGUGGAGCCUGUAACUGGAUCUUCUUCAUGGCCAAAGAGUACUUGUGCAACUAGGCUUCUUCCUCCUGUUCAUAAGACUCAAGUAGGCAGGCCAAAGAAAUAG